AUGAUUCAACUAUUACCAACUGAACUACUUUGGACUGUUCUAAAUAAUUUGGAAUACGGAGACUUGGACAACUUGUGGAAAAUUAAACGACUUGAACCCACCAUUCUCUAUUAUAUUCAAACGCAUUACAAGUUUCAUUACCAGAUAUCAUCCUUAUUACGCAUCUUUGAAGCCAUUACACCCACAGCUCGACAGCAAGCGGAGACAAAGACAAGAAUGGCGAGAGAGAUGCUCGAAUUUAUAAGAUCGAGUGUCGCAUGUUUACCAAAAUAUGAACAUCGUAGCAAGUUUACGGAAUUACUCGACAUUGUACAACAAUUGACACUCCAACGCAUCUUGGCUUCCGAUUUUAAGGCCAAUGGAUUGGAACAUGAUUAUGCAGGAUUAUGUUUACAAGUGAGAGCUCUUUAUCUACAUACACCUUCAAUCCGAGUUUUACAUGACCCAAAAUAUAGAAGACGCAGUACAAAGCAUCCAUUAGCACCCUUCUUACCUCGAGACUAUACUUUUGUGUGGCGAUUGCAUUGUAGUCUAGGUGACGAUGAAAAGGAACGAGGUGUGCGUACACGAUUUGCAAACUUCUUUGGAGGUCUGUUUGAAGCAACGAGUUUAUACCUGGAGUCGAACCUAGAUGGCACAUUUGAGGAGUGUGUAAGGGAGGCACUUGUGACGGGCAAUGCACAGGAUUUAUUGAUCCUGUGUGUGGCAGCGGCACGACCUGUAGAUGUGGAAGGUAUGUGUAUGAUGGUGACAGAUGCGGGAGAGCAAUUAAGGCAUUAUUUGGAUACCAUGGAUCAUUGGAUGACCACAGAUCCGACACCUCAACAAACGUUUCGGUUACAUCAAGAAGAUGAAGGAGAUAGGACGCAUUCUCCACCGUUACCACCGCCUGAAUGGUUAAUACCCGAUCGAUACAAGGUGAAUAAAGAUGCUGUAUUAAGACUUCAGCUCAUGGAUAAUCUGUACAAGAAAGGUUGGCGAUGGUUUGAUUAA